CUCUGCUGUAUGGCUCCUUGCUCUGGCCUCAACGAGCAUAAACUACUUCAAUAAUACACCGCUAUUGUGGAUUUUUUUAAAUAUACGGGGGAUAUAUCUGGAUACCACACACGGACAUGGAUUGAUUCCCGCCAUGUACGAGUGAAUCACAAACACACUGGAUUCAGAGAAUGAAGAUGCCCGAGACCGGGAGUUAGAGCCCUCCACCAGAGAGAGCUUUUCCAGGGCUGGGGGCUGGACCCAGAGACCCCUGCCUGAGUCUGAACUAUGGGGGAUGGAGGCGCCGGUGCAGCUGGAGGAGACGGGGUGAACACGGCCCAUGUGCUGUUCGACAAGUUCGUCCACGGGACCACGUGCAAGGGCACGCUCAAGGCCUUCCAGGAGCUGUGCGACCACCUCGAGGUCAAGCCCUGCGGGUACAGGGUCUUCUAUCACAAGCUCAAGUCCAAACUCAACUACUGGAAGGCCAAGGCGCUCUGGGCAAAGUUGGACAAGCGGGCCUGCCAGAAGGAGUACAAGAAGGGCCGCGUCUGUGCCAACUCAAAGUGUCUGAUCAUCGGUGCGGGGCCAUGCGGCUUACGUACAGCCAUCGAGCUGGGUUUCCUCGGGGCCAAAGUGGUGCUGCUGGAGAAGAGAGACGCCUUCUCUCGGAACAAUGUGCUGCACCUCUGGCCCUUCACCAUCCAGGACCUCAGGGGCCUCGGGGCCAAGAAGUUCUACGGGAAGUUCUGCGCCGGUGCCAUCGAUCAUAUCAGUAUUCGUCAGCUACAGUUGAUUCUGCUCAAAGUGGCUCUCCUGGUGGGCAUCGAGAUCCAUGUCAACGUCGAGUUCAAGGGUCUUAUUGAGCCCCCGGAAGAUCAAGAGACUGAAAGGAUAGGCUGGAGGGCUGAGGUCCACCCCAGGACACACCCUGUCAACGAGCUGGAGUUCGACGUCAUCGUCGGGGCCGAUGGAAGGAGGAACACGCUGCCAGGGUUUCGGCGUAAGGAGUUCAGAGGAAAGCUCGCCAUCGCCAUCACCGCGAACUUCAUCAACAGGAACACGUCGGCGGAGGCGAAGGUGGAGGAGAUCAGCGGGGUCGCCUUCAUCUUCAACCAGAAGUUCUUCCAAGACCUCAGAGAAGCGACAGGUGUCGACCUGGAAAACAUCGUCUACUACAAGGACGACACGCACUACUUUGUGAUGACCGCCAAAAAGCAGAGCCUGCUGGAGAAAGGAGUCAUUCUGCAUGACUAUGCCGACACAGAGCUGCUGCUGUCCCGGGCCAACGUGGACCAGGCGGCCCUGCUGUCCUACGCCUGCGAGGCUGCCGAUUUCUCCACCAACCACCAGCUGCCCACGCUGGACUUCGCCAUCAACCACUACGGCCAGCCCGACGUCGCCAUGUUCGACUUCACCUGCAUGUACGCCUCGGAGAACGCCGCCAUGCUGCGCCAACGCCACGGCCACAAGCUGCUGGUGGCGCUCGUGGGCGACAGCCUGUUGGAGCCCUUCUGGCCCAUGGGCACUGGCAUCGCCCGCGGCUUCCUGGCAGCCAUGGACUCGGGCUGGAUGGUGAGGAGCUGGGCUCAGGGCAAAACCCCUCUUGAGGUGCUAGCUGAGAGGGAGAGUAUAUACCGCCUACUGCCCCAAACCACGCCAGAAAACAUCAGUAAGAACUUCAGUCAUUACAGCGUGGACCCCACCACGCGCUACCCCAACAUCAGCCUUAACUUCCUCAAGCCGAGCCAGGUGAGGCACCUCUGCGACACGGACACGGGAGAGUCCCGGGAAAUGCGCAUUGAAAUGGAGAACGUGAUCAACUCGUCGACACCAAAGUUGGCCAGGAAUGAAUCCAUAGCUCGACCCAGUAAGCUGCUGAACUGGUGCCAGAGACAGACGGAGGGUUACAGGAAUGUUAGUGUGAGCGACCUCACGAUGUCUUGGAAGAGCGGUCUGGCCCUGUGCGCCCUCAUCGACCGGUACCGACCGGACCUCAUUGACUUUGAUUCCCUGGACGAGCGAGACCAGGAGAAGAACAACCAGUUGGGUUUCGACGUGGCCGAGAGGGAGUUUGGCAUCUCGCCCUGCAUGACGGGCAAGGAGAUGUCUUCUGUCAUGGAGCCAGACAAACUCUCCAUGGUCAUGUACCUCAGCCAGUUCUACGAGAUGUUUAAGGACACAGUGCCACCCGGAGAAAACCAAAAUUUGAGUCCUGAGGAGAAGGCGGCACUGAUAUCCAGCACAAAGUCCCCCAUCUCCUUCCUCAGCAAACUUGGUCAGAGCAUCGCAAUAUCCAGGAAACGGAAUCCAAAGGACCAAAAGGAGAAGGAUGUUGACGGUUUGGGGAAGAGAAGGAAAACCAGCCAGUCUGAAGACGAGGAGGUAUCCAGAGCCGGCCGUGACGACAGGCCGUCGGCCCCGGCCGUCCUGUCGGAGAGGAAGAUGGACUUGAGCGCUGUGGGGAACCACAACAAAGUCAAAGUGAUGGCCACCCAGCUGCUCGCCAAGUUCGAGGAGAACGCUGCACAGCCGAGCGGACUCAAGCGACAGGGGGAUUCUCUGCCCAACCUGGAUCGCCUUUUCCCCCUUACCUCGCCACAAACCCCUGUGAAUGAGCCAGUGCGCCUGGCACCUGUCCCAGCAUGGAGAAAGGCCAGAGGUGGUGCCGACCAACUGUGCAGCAGCUCGGGCUCUCGGAGCUGCCCAAAGAAAACCAUUCUGCUCCCUUCUUCUUCAUCCACUUCCUCGCUCUCUCUUCACUCAGAGCAUUUGCGUAAAAGUCCGGAGGAAGAGGAGCUCGAGUACUACGAGAUGCCUCUGAAAUACGGGGAGAGGAAGCUGCCCCACCUGACACGACCCAUUCACAUACCUGGCAUACAAGAGAGGGCGGACCGCCUAAUCUCCAGGUUUAAGGGCAAACCCGACAAGCCGCCGAAGCUGAUGAAAAAGCCGUCCCGUUUCUUUUUAGAGCAGUGGCACUUGUCCCGGGACCCGACUGCGAGUCCUGGUUCCCCACUUUCCUCUCCGGACUCUUCUAGAAAGGAGCCGGCAAGGCCUCUGCUCUCCGAUGAUGAAAUGCCCUUAUAUGUGCUUAGUAUUCAGGAGAGGGCUGAGCUACUCGCCUCUCAGUUUGAGGGCAAGCCAGCCGGACCACAGCUAAAGAAAAAAAACUCCCGUUUUUUAACGGAACAAUGGCACCUGGCCCGAGCCCGUUCUCCCCCUGGUUCUCCCCCCUCCACCUCCGACACCUAUAGACAGCGCUAUGUCAGGAUGUACACAGGCGGUGUUAGCUCAUUGGCUGAGCAGAUAGCCAAUCGGCUUCAAUCUCAGGGAGAUCCUCAGCCUUUACCUGAAAAGAGGGACUUGGGCUCGCUCAGAAAAGAGUUCCCCGCCAACAUCGGGGGCAGCGACGUGUGCUUCUUCUGCCGGAAGCGUGUGUACGUGAUGGAGAGGCUGAGUGCAGAGGGGAAGUUCUUCCAUCGCAGCUGCUUCAAGUGUGAAUACUGCAGCACCACGCUCCGACUGUCCUCCUACGCCUUUGAUGUGGAGGACGGGAAAUUUUACUGCAAGCCCCACUUCUGCUACCGCCUGUCUGGCUACGCUCAGAGAAAGAGGCCUGCUCCCUCCCCGACUCUGAUCACUGCUAAGGAGAACCAGGCGCCCCAAACUCCCACGGCGACCGUGGAUGCCCCCGGGAGGUCGAUGGCGGCGGCGGCAGCGCCCUCGGCCGAGCUCCAUCCCUCAGCCCCGGUGGCCAACGGUCUGCAGGACCCCAGUCUCGCCAAACGUCUGCGGGGAACUCCAGAGCGCAUCGAGUUGGAGAACUACCGUCUGUCCAUGCAGAGGGAGGAGGAGCUGGAGGAGGUGCCUGAGGAGACGCUGGCAGAACACAACCUCAGCAGUGUGCUGGACAAGCCCACAGACGGCGACUUGGGCUCCAGUAGCUCGGAGUCCGACAUGGAGGAGGAGGACGAGGAGGAGGAUCUGGAUCUGGAGGAACAGGAGCCUCUCAGCCCCUCGGACCUCGGCGGCGUUCCCUGGAGGGAGGCGGUGGAGCUCCACUCCAAACUGAGAGGCAACGAGGACGAGGCUCUGGCCGACGCAGUCAGCAGAGACCGGGAGGUAGACGAAGACGAUGAAGAGUAUGAGGACGAAGAUGAGGACGAAGACGACGACGACGAGUCGAGCGAUGAGGGGGACUACUGCCCGUGGGAUAAAGAGCUCCAGUCAGGCCUUUGGCUGGAGAAGCACCUCACAGAUGAAGACGAUGUUGGUACAUUUAAAGCCAGGAACCUACAGAUCCAACAAGUCCUGCAGCCUGUGGAUCCCCAGGCCAUUCCAGGUCUGGUGAGAACGCGCCCGGACCAGCUGGCCUCAGCCUCCCAGCUCUCUGAGCUCGCGCGGCCCUCCUCCACAGCCCCCGCCCACACAUCCGCCCGACACGAGGCAGUGAGAGUCUGGUUGGAGUCCAUGUCUGGAGAGCCCUCUGAGGAUGGAGAUCUGGAGGCAGAAGCAGACAGUCCGGAUGUUGAGCCCGGUGCAGAGACGGAUCAGGACGACAUCCCGUCGGAUGCUGAAGCUGAGGCUCGUUUGCACCAGUCGGAGCGGGCUGCGGUGCUUCCUGAGGAAGACGGGAAAUUAGAAAGUCUGAAAACAGCCUCCAGUAUCGAGCCAUCCGGCGUCGACCAGAAAGAAGACGUUGUUCUUUCUCCACUCAAACCGUCUCCAGAGCCCCAACCACAGAUAACGCCGGUGAAGUCUCCCGGCACGCGCUUCUUCCCAGAACCCUUCACACCCGAGGAAAGGAGGGCCGAGGGGUCAACUCCUUCUCCAGCCGCCAGGAGCCCACUGUGCUCUCCUCCUCCUGCUCCGCUCCACGCUCCGUCCUCUGGCCCUUCUCCUUCUCCUGCUGCUGCUGCUGCCGCCUCUCCGGUCCAGGUCCCUGCCUCAUCUCCACUAAGUUCAGUCACCAAAUCACCAAUCAACUCUCCAGUCAUCGAGUCACCCGUCAGAUCAUCAGUCAAGACCCCCGCUGGCUCCCCAAUCUGCUCUCAGCCCACCCCGCUACCAGAGACUUGCACACCUACAUCUCCCGUCUACCCUCCCUGCUCUAUUUGCCCUCUCACGGGCAACCCCCUCUCCCCAAUCUGUGCUCCGCCUUUGCCCUGCCAGGAACCCUCGUCGCCCCUCACCUCGGACUCUCCCGUCAGAAAUCCGCCUGUCCCCGGCGUCACUUCGACGCCCGUGAUCAAAACGGACACGGGCACGUCUGAAACCUCCACGUCCAUAGAUUCCUCGACGGAGGAAACUCUGUCGAAAAAGACGGAUAUCAUCGAGGAGUUUUGGUUGAAGAGCGCCGAGAUCAGGAAGAGCCUCGGCCUGACUCCCUUGGACCGCAGCAGUAGGAUCUUGGAGAAGAGCGCCGUCACUGCUCCAUCGCAGGACCCCGCCCCCGUCAAGCCUCAGUCUCCAGACGCGCCACGGGAACAGAAGCCCGCCUUUACGGGCCGAGCUGUCAUUCGCAGACUCAACAUCACUCUUGAAGGGCAUGUCAUCACCCCCCUCGCCCCCGCCGAGCCCAAGAGUAACGGCUCUGAUCGCAGGGACCUCAGCAGCAGCUCCGGUUUGGGGCUGAAUGGGAGCACCGCCACGAGCCUGACGGCGAACAGCGACGGCUACAACACGUCGGACUCCAUCAUGCUCACGCCGCCCUCCAGCCCGCCGCCGCCCGUGCCCGCCAACCAGUCUCCAGCCGUGCUGCGGCAGCAGAGGCCUCAGGUGUCCUGGACCAACGGAACGGAUCGGCCUCCAGCCGAGCGCGCCGAAGAGCCAGCGAAAAGCAAGAGUCCCGUUCCCGCGCCGAGGACCCAACUGAGCCCCGCGUCUGCACCCAGACCCGCGCCCCGGAAGGUCUCCUCGCCUCAGGCGGAUCCGGAACCAGCUCCCGUGGUCGUCAUGAGGGAGAAGAAGAAGCCCCGGCCGCAGGAGGCGAGGAAGUCGUUCGUGGAGACGGUGGAGGAGAUUCCGUUCGCUGACGACGUGGAGGAGUCGUACGACGAGCGGACGCCUGAAAGCAGCGUGAACAAGUACGAUACUCCGCCCAGCAGGGAGAGGCCUCCCCUGCAUCUGGCUCUCGCGAUGGAAAAUGGUAAACCCAAUAUCCCGGUCAACCAAGCCCUUAAGAACCAGAGGGCAACUCAAUUCUCCCCAGAGGCCAAGGAGAUCGCAGAAGAGAGGAUGAAGGCCAGAGAGAAGUCGGUCAAGAGCCAGGCGUUGAAGGACGCCAUGGCCAAGCAGCUCCAUAAAAUGAAAGAGUCCGACAUCGACAAGGGCGCCUCUCCUAAAGUGGCCUGGAGCGUCACCCAAGACGUUGCCGCGAAAUGUAAAAAGUCAGCCGGAUCCCCGCAGACAUCCGCCGUGAAAGCGCUGGACUCGAAGAAGGCGGAGACUUUACCCGAGCGCUUCUUCAGCGGCAACAAGAGCCUGGACAGCUCCGUGGCCUCCUCCGACGGCUCCGCCGCGAGUAGGAGCAAGAAACGGAGUUCCCUCUUCUCGCCGCGCAAGAAUAAGAAGGAGAAGAAGGCCAAGAACGACAGCAGCAGGCUCUCCGGCACGGACGAGACGCCGCCGAAGCACAAGUCCCUGUGGAAGGCCGUCUUCUCGGGGUACAAGAAGGACAAGAAGAAGAAGGAGGAGGAUAAGUCUUGCCCGAGCACGCCGUCCUCGAGCUCCACCACUCAGAGCUCUGGGAAGAAGAAAAGUUCGCCUAUCGGGAAAUCGUCGGGUAAGAAAGAGUUGAAAUCACGCAGAAACUUGAGCUUCUCCGAGGACUCGGACCUGUCCUGCGACGACGUUCUGGAGAGGUCCUCCCAGAAGUCGAAGGCUGAUUCUGUUUAUGUCCCUCACGCACUGGCGUUCAAGAGAUCGUACGCCACAAAGAAAACCUACACGGAGGAAGAGCUGAAUGCCAAGCUGACGCGAAAGGUCCAGAAAGCUGCACGACGGCAAGCCAAGCAGGAGGAACUCAAGAGGCUGCACCGAGCUCAGAUCAUCCAGAGGCAGCUGGAGCAGGUGGAGGAGAAGCAGCGGCAGCUGGAGGAGAAGGGCGUCGCUGUGGAGAAGGCUUUGAGAGGAGAAGCAGUUGAGCCCUUUGUGGGGAUGCCACGCCGAAGACCUCUCUCCUUCUGCCUCUGCUGUUCCCCUGAAGGCAUGGGCAAGAAGGACGACCCCAAGCUAAUGCAGGAGUGGUUCAAGCUGGUGCAGGAGAAGAACGCCCUGGUCCGCUAUGAGUCAGAGCUCAUGAUAUUCGCCAGAGAGUUGGAGCUGGAGGACCGACAGAGCCGCCUGCAGCAGGAGCUCAGGGAGCGGAUGGCCGUGGAAGACAACCUGAAGACGGAGAAGGAGCUCAGCCAAGAGAAGCAGAUCCUGAAUGAGAUGUUGGAGGUGGUGGAGCAGCGCGAUGCCCUGGUGGCCCUCCUGGAUGAGCAGAGGCUUCGGGAGAAGGAGGAGGACAAGGACCUGGAGGGCGUGAUGCUCUCCAAGGGCUUCAACCUCAACUGGGUUUAGGAGGAGUGGAAUCAUCUUGACUCUGGAUCGGUGUGAUCUGCCUCAGAUGGUGAUGAGACUGGUCUGCUGAACACCUGCAGCAGUGAAUGCGUCAACAAUUCCCUCAAAACACACACACACACACACUACGACUGUCCCUGGCAUUGUCGCAGUCCGCCACGUUUACACAAAGCAGUCCCAGUUCAUCACUUUGCCGUUUUGCUUUCCCUCCCUGGAGAGGCGAGUAACUUCACAGCUUUAUCAUCCCGGCCUCGAAGUGGAUCGUCUCAAACGGGAAGGGGAAGGGAGCUUUGGGAGAAUGUUUAAAGACUUGUUCCACUCUCAAUAAUCUAAAGGGAAUAAUGCAGUUUGGUCCUGCUGAUGUAAAGAAUUGUGUUCUGUGUGUGUGUAUAGUUGUGUAGGACAAGUCACUUUUUAAAGCGGAUGAGGGUCCUCUCUCUUUUUUUAUUUUAAAAGGCCGGCUACAGAGGUGUGUGAUGUCUGCACUCUCCUCUCCUGAAGCUGCCUUUCUAUCCAGUGACAAACGGAGUCCUGCAUCCUUAUAACAACAUCAUAAAUGUCUCCCCCCCCCCCCCCCCCUCACGGAUUGUCAACACUAAAAAUCCAUUAAAUAUGGCCAUGUUUUUUUAUGUAUUUAUUACUUUUGUUUGCUUUUAACAGACCAACAUGUUUGAUUUGUUUUGCAUUCACAGGAGAGUGCCCCAAAUGUCAUUAUCCUGCACUCGUGCAUGAUUUGUAUGCACCCAUAAGCCAUUGCAUGUCAGGAAUGAAGGCUGCAGGCGCAUUGACUACCUUUACCCUUGUCUUUUAUAGCUAGGACAUAGACUACAGACGUAUUCUCUCUCUCUAUAUAUAUAUAUAUAUAUAUAUAUAUGAACACUGAAGCAUUUCACAUGACUGGAUAAUGAUGGCCCUCUCCUUGACUUGCUGUUCGCUGCACAUCACACUGACGGUUAGCGUUUACCAACACUUCACGGGCGAGAUUGGAUGUUUAUGAUUCCGACUGGCAACAGCUCUGGUGUCAAUCAACUGUGGAUUGGAUUUAUCUUUUGAAGGAACGGUCCUCAAGUUCAGACAUGUUUCAAACCGUGUGUGUCAACAUCGGGAUUUCAUUAAUGGAUCCGAUGUCCCUGCUAAUGGGAGAUCGGCAAAGCUCACGUUACUCAUUUUGUGCCACAGGAAUGUCUCUGUUGGUAGAUAUGCUGCAAUAUCUGAGGAGUACGCCACAAAGACUUGCACACCACACACCACUCUCAUCAUUAUGUGGCAGUGUUAAUACUUUACCCUUGAACAAAAUGCCUUUUUGAUUUUCACAGUUUUUUUUCUACGUAGUAUUUAAUUUUUUCUUAGUUGACUUGUUUUUUUUGAGGUAGUCACAUGUGUGUGUGUGUGUGUGUGUAUCCCACUGGAACUCAAGGUGGUUUUUUUUACUUGUCUUUUAUUUUUCAAACACUUUAUACAGCAGGUCCCCAAACAAAUGGGGCCGCUGAAGGAAUGCAAUGUGCUUUAUGAGCCACUGGCAUCAAACAGGAACACUAUGGUUUAUCUGGUGGUUAGUCACCUCUAAUAGCCUUUUGACAACUCUACACAUCCAGGUGGUCACUUACAGCACAGAAACACUAGAGGCUAUAUUUAUGACUUGGUAUGACAUGUGAAUAAAAAAAGUGAUUGUUGCUUUAGAUGAUGCGUGACAGGUUUGACAUGAUUGUAUUGAUAUUUAUUAACAUGUGUGCAAACUGUAUUAUAUGUAAAGAAAAUGAAUCCUAAUUUUUAAACUGUUCUGUUGACUCAUGACUUGUAAUGUAAGUGCUUCAUGUAGCUAAAUGCAUAGGGGUGUUGGAUGUAUGCUAAAAACGGCAAUAAAAUAAUGCAGUUCUUUUAAAUG